CUGUGCAUGAGUAUCAAAAAGAUUAGUUAGGGUUCCGCCAAAUGAUAAUAAUAAGCUUAUGAAUAACUUGUAGCGGCGCUCUCGUGACCAUAAGUUGUACUUUUGUUUCGGACGUGACUGACAACCCCCCACCACAUUCGUUGCAAGGCCUGUACGAAAGACCGUGGGUAGGACAACGUGCGUCGCGUAGUGUUCGGUACUCAACACAAAAGUUUUGUGCCAAGUGGUUCUCAACGGCUUUGAAGUUUGCUAACAUCACGUUUAUCCAAAUCCGAGAAGAGACGGAACCACUUUCUCCUCUGUCAGCCCCAAGAACGAGCUGCAGAGGUUAAAGGCCCUGACUCAAGAUAUCGGCGAGUCUAGUUUUGGUAAUAGAUGAGAUAAAGAGAAGGGAAGACGACAAGAAUAAAAGUGAUAAACUCGCCCAUUAACCCAAGUUAGCUUCAUCAAUCGUACAAUAGAUAUUAUUCUGUUAUACAAGCAAUAAAGACGCUCAUAUCAAGGAAUAUGACUUUCCGAUCUGAGGAAAAGUUUGUCGAGAUACCAGAGGUCAGCGACGACGGAGUUAGGAACUUGACGAUCCGUCGAAUAGAGGAACUCACCUUACAAUUGAUCAAGGAAAUAAGUUCGAGAACAUUUCCCAAGUUGAUUUACAAGGAGGCAAGAAAAGGUGGUAGAGUAGCUGAACUUGAGGACAGCGUUGAACAAUUUCGAAACAGACAAACCAGCGCUCGAAACUUGAGCGAUUCUGCUUUGAAUCCGUUGACCUCAUUUGACAGCUCAAAAUCGUUGAGUUGGCUCGUUGACGAUGAAGAAACCCCGCAGAACGCCCAAAAUCCUGUGAAUAAGGAUUUGGAAUCAGAAAAGGAUUCUGACACUGGCAGAUCGAUAACUGUCGAUUUCAGGCGAAAGCAGAGCAGGAAGAACCUCGCUCUUCUCGUCACUCUCAUGUCCCAUGUUCACAAAAUGCUGAUUAACCGCACAAGCAAAACUCGGCGAUCCCUCUACUACGAACUUCAGUCCGAACGCAACUCGGCUAGACUCGCUAAAAAUCAACGCAUCCUCGAUAACGCCGUUAACCAUGUUGCCAGCCUUCUGGAAUGCCCACCAUGGCAAUUGGGUUUCACCGCGACAAGUAAAGGUCUGGUAUGCGGUGACCUGAGUCUGACUUUCUCAAAAGAAGAUUUGGUCAGUUGUGAGGUUGCGGGUGGUGUACUAAUACCGCAGAACGUCAACCGAGUCACAUCGGCUCGAACCUCGGCCAGAUACGUUUUGGUAGUCGAGAAGGACGCCGUUUUCCAGAGACUCAUCGGCGAAGAAUGCACACAGUACCUGAAUUGCAUCCUAGUUACCGGAAAGGGAUACCCGGACAUCAACACGAGGAUGCUGGUCAGCUUUCUUGGCAACAAGCUCAAGCUUCCGGUUUACGUUCUCGUCGAUGCCGAUCCAUUCGGGAUUGAGAUCAUGUGCAUAUACAGAUACGGAUCAGCUACUCGAUCGCGGGAAGAUCGACAGCUGGCUUUCCCCGGUGCUCGAUGGAUCGGCAUUCAUCCAUCCGAGUUCUCGGCCCUUGGUCUCUCCUCCAAACCUCUCGCUGCCCCGGAUAAGGCCAAAAUAGCCGCGCUCAAGAGCCGCGAAUACGUUGAUGAGACGAUUUUGGACCAGCUUCAGCUUCUGCGAACUGGAAAAGUCGACAUCGAAGCCGUCGCCGGUCUCUCAUCCCGGUUUCUCACCACCGUCUAUCUUAGUAGUAAAAUUACCGCCGAUAAUUAUCUGUAAUACCUACUAGUAUUCAGUUGUAAACAAUUUUCGUUACAUAGGAUUUUCGUUCAUAAUUACUAUAAGAGAAAAUAAAAUGUACAGUGUUGGCGCGUUUUGAAGGACGUCGAACGAUGUAUCAAGUAUACGACAGUUCUUUCACGUGAUAACGCCACAACUUAAAGAAGGAUUUUCUGCUUUUAAGUGUUUGUUAAAUUCCUUAAAGCACUUGGUGCCUCUGAGGAUAAGUUCGAGGACCCUCGGUAUCUUCAUUGUCAUCCAGAACAAUGAGUUGGGGUAUUUUCCUAAAAGUACCCAAGUAAGUAACACUCGAAAGACUCUGAACCGAGGUUGAUGAUCGAAGCCGAGGAAGUAGUUGCUCAGCUGGCAGAAUUUUUUCGAUGUUUCGAAGCUGGUUCCUAAAGGUAAGAAAACGAAAAAAUACACGUUAUGACAUAUUUGAUCAUUUCCACUUGAUGGUAUGAAAGUUUGAAAUUCUUGUCCUCACCUACGAUGUAGUCGACGGUUUCGUUUCUCUCUACAA